GUAUUAAAAUCGUUGGAUCUGAAUCGUUUGGCACAACUCUACGGCGAUAUUAAUGAUGUUGACCUGUUUGUGCUUGGUCUUGCUGAGAAGCCACAAAUUGGGGCACUUGUCGGGCCCACAUUUGCUUGCAUUAUUGGUAAACAAUUCCAGAAGGCCCGUAGGGGAGAUCGGUUUUGGUACGAAAACUUUUUCGCUCCAUCAGCGUUCACCCUCGAUCAGUUGGCUGAAAUUCGCAAAACAACUCUUGCGCGUAUCAUCUGCGACAAUACAGAUGGCAUUGAGAAGAUUCAGCAAAAUGUCUUUGCAUUGGCCGAUAUUUAUGGGAAUUGUCCGAUGAGCUGUAAUUCGACGACUAUUGAUAGAGCUGAUUUGGCUCAUUGGACUGAUCAGGAGCCGAGACUCAAAUUGCCCAUUACAAAGGCCACCCUCGAAAAAGCAAUACGACUCGGCGCUGAACACGCUAAACGUCUGAAUGAAGCCGAGGCUGCGCGCAUUCGAGGGCAAGGGAGCAUUGGUGAUGUGAGCAGGAACCGGAAUUCGGCAAUUUUUGCGCAUUCGGAUCUAAUGGCACCAAAAAAAGAAUCGCUACAGAUAUCACAUCGUGCAGCAGUGCUCCGAGAGACGACCCGAGUUUUACUGGAAGGGUAA